AGACUGAGAGAGCAGUGUGUGAGGAAGAGGAGGAGCAGGAGAAGGUGAUGAAGGACACAACGCGAGACAGCUGUGAUCCUCCUGACGCCGCUGCACCGGUCCUCAUCACGGCGAGAGACGAGGCGGCGGGUGGUGAUGAGGAUGAGGAUGAGGAUGAAGACGUGUUCGCUGAGGAAGAGGAGGAGAGUAAAGAACCGUCAGAUGCUCAGCAGUCAGAUGGAGAAUCGUACGGGGAAGAAAUUCCAGAAGAGCAAGAGACACGACGUCCUGAUCCAGCUCAGAGAGUUGCAGCGUUAGAACGUGCCACAGAAAAGGACCGAUCUUCCUGCGACGCUGUCAGGUCCUUAGAGGAGACGAAAAGAGCGCACUCCACCCUGGAUGAGGUUCUGCAGGGCCUGCUGGAGAACCCCGAGGCACAGAGAACCGUGAGAGGAGCCGCAGUAAUUACAGAUGUGAGCGCAGGAUCUGAUCAGGAAGCGGAGUGGACGCCUGGACCGAGUGCGAGUGCAGAGCGAGGAAUCUGCGAGCAGCUGGAGGAGAAAGACGAGGAGCUGAUGGAGGAGUGCAGCUGUUCCGGAGAAGAUCCCGGUGAAGGAGCAGCGACGAGAGGAACAAAGACAAACACACUCAUCUCAGGCGUCAGGAGCGGACAGGGAGAAGAUUUAGUGGCAGCACAUCACUCCAUCUGGGACCAACCACACAGGAGGAUUAUUUUGGAGCACACGCCCGUCUAAACACGGAGCGACCCGAACGCGGGGGUUUGACUCCACCCCGCCGCUCGAGCUGCACUGAAUCGGUAAAGUUUCACUCCACCUGACGAACACAGGAGUUCAUAAAGCUUCAUAAAGGAGCUAUGCGCUGUGCACACGCUACAGGAAGACUGUUAAAGCUUGAACGCUUUCGAUAAAGCGACUGCUGUUUCAGUUCUCUGGAGUUGCAGGGAAUUAGAACUGCUGUUGGUACGCUCCACUGCUGUCUUCAGUUAUCUUCUUAUUACACGUUCCUCUAGAAGGAUCUUUAAACGUUCUGUAUGUCAUGUAUGUUGGGUUUUACAGUUUUUAAGCAGUUAGACAAGUUUUACGCAUUUUAAACGCCUUUUUAGAUGUUAGCUCUCGUUUAUUUAUGGAGAGAUUUCUACAAAUGGCAUGAAAUUCCAGUAGCAUGUUAUUUCCAUAAUUAAUUAUAAUUAUUCUAAUUGUCAAAAGCAUAAAAUCUCUAGUCAUGUGAUUUCUCUCCCUCGUCCCUGAACUGAUCUGCGUUUAGAAUCGAUGAUCUUUAAACUCUGCAGGUUUCAGCAGGUUCUCAGCUCAGGAACAUCAUGAUGUCAUCAUCUUUCUCUCAUCAUCUUUCCCUCUAUUAGUUUUAAUAUUUAUGCACAAAAUUCCUCAUGAGCUUUUUUUUUUUUUUUAAGAUUUCACAUC